UGGAAUCUACUUCUCACGAGAUAUUUUUAGCAAGUCAGUUUGUAAACCUAAUGGAAGGCAUAGAGGGGACAGUAGCAUGGGCUUAGCAGCAUUGCUGGGAUAACUUGUGUGUCGAGAACUAAAUCAAGGGUAGUGGCUUCUUGGCAAAGCAUGGGUUGAGCUAAAAGACUUCAUGCUUGAGUGUUAGGUCAAGUAUAUCUCUUUCAGAGUUGAGCCAGUAUAAAAUAGUGUAAACUGAUUUAAGAUGGAAAAAGAAUGUAGCUCUAAAGUAAAACUUCCCCUUUGUAGGGCAGCAAAUAAGUGGGGGUUUGGUGUCUGCAACCUCGUGAAUAACUGGAAGAAUGUACUAAACUAUUACAGGGGCUGCAAGCUACUCAGGCUACUGGGGGGUGUAAGGGAAUGCAGUAGGGAACCUGUGCGUUGUUGGCAGGACAGCUGAAGAACUUUCUGGUCUUUUGAUGCAGAGAAAACAAGGAGAUAAAGUUGUUGUGUAUCUAGUUCUGGCUAACUGGAAUAUGAAACUACAGACUGUUUGGAUGAGAGCGUACAGUGCCGUAGCUGGCAAUGCUUAAAACACAGGGAUACAACCAUGGCUUUGCAGAAAAGAGAUCUCUGAACUUGGUAAGAAAGAGCUCCUGGGAUGAGAUUUUGUGACUGGUUGUCAAUUCCUUGCAGAAAGUGUAUUUGGGUAGUUAAUAAGCUUAGAAUUAGAGGAAGGAAGUGUGCUAAUGUGACUAGGGAACAUUGAGGGGUAUGUAUGGAAGUAGAAAUUAGAGAAGGUUGCAUUUGUAAAAGGACCAAGGUAAAUGCAUGUGAAUAAAAUCGUGCUAUGAAAUCGUAGGAGAAAACUGGGAAGGAAUCUGUGGGAGAACACCUUUAAGGAAAGAGUAGUGGAAUAUUCUGGGGUUAAAGAGGAAUAAUCAGUACACAAAUACUGGACUGGCAGUACGUGGUUAGGAAGCAGUGCUGCAGGAGACGGGCUAGAGUUUUAAUACAAGCAGUGCUCAUCCAAAGAAACAAAACAAGUAUUUUCUUUUUUUUUUUUGUUUUGAGUAACACCUGUUAAACUGGAUGAUUUGACCAUCAGAAAGGAAAUGGUAUUUCUGAAAAUACGCGUGCUUAAACCCUCAUUAAGACAGACAAUCUGUCUUCUAAGAAACUGUCUUUCUCUUUAGUUUUGUUCCUUCUCUAUUAAACUUCAACCCGAACAUUUUCUAAGGUAAAAAUAAAAGUUUAGAGAAGGCAGUUCCAGCUUUGAAGGCACAAAGGCCAAUCUCUGUUUAAAAAAAAAAAAAUAAUAAAAAAUUCUUUCUCCGCACAGCUGGCUGGCUUUUUGAACUGCAGCCUUUAUAUACCUACUUCAGGAAAAUUACAUAUGAAGUGUAUAUAUAAACAUGCUAAACAUGUAUGUAUACGUCAAUUAAAAAUUUUUGGCUAACCUGUCAGAUCUUUGGGAAACAAGACCUGAUGUGGUUCUUGUUUUUCCUUCUGAGAGAUGUUUUGCAGACAUUUUUCUCUUGAAAGUAAUUUUGUGAAAUGGUUGUCUGCCAAUCUUCUGAUAGCGCUCUGACUCUGAUCUUGUCCCCAGGGGAUGCAUAAGGCUGAAUGGACAUUCAGAAAGCAUUAAAUCUCACGGGGCUGCCUGGAUAUAAAUCUCAAUGUAUUCAAAGCUCUGCAGGUUGAUAUUUAUGAAGUGAUAAGCGGAUGAAGUUAAAAGGGAGGUGGGGGGGGACAGUGAAGGCGGGUGCAUUUUCAAAACCUGAAUACAAAACCAUAUUUCUUGGCUUUUCUCCAAAAAGGGCUUUUCUGAGAGAAGGAGGAGGGGGAAAAUGGAGAGGUUUGAGACAGUUGCUGUGUGGCUCUGCAGCAGCCCUGCAUAAAGGUAGAGCAGGGUGAAGAGGUGGAGCAGUCACCCUGGGGACUGUCCCCAUGACCCCAGGAGCAGUGACACGUCCCACCACUACUUAGCAUUACGUGAAAGUGCUUUUACAGAACAGCUGGAGAGGAACCACCUCAUCCAUCAGGACCAGAUGGGACAAGGUUGGUGCAUCCUUGACAAAUAGGUCCUGAGACAUUCCCCCUUUCUUGCUGUUUUCCUGCAUCCUUUGUUUUUUGUUUGGGUUCUAUGAAAUAAGAGACCUCGCUGGUGGCUUCACAGGCAGGUUCCCAGUGGAUGUGGGGGCAGAUGAAAUAAACAAGGGUGAGUAGCACCAUGAGAAGUGACAACUUUCUCUGAUACAGUGCUGAGAGAUGAGACAAGCACCUGGUGGCAGAUCGUUUCCUCCUUUCCCAGAUAAGGCUUUUCUUUUGGAGCCUCCUCAAAGUCCCAGGCACAGCAGAUCCUUACUAAAUACUUGGGUGGGUAGGCAGAGCUUGGCUCUCGGUGUAACAAAGGAAUGAGAUCUUCCCUCUUUCUGCAGUUUUAUUAAGGUUAGUUCAAGUCCUGGGGGCCUGGGAGGCUGGGUGGGGGUGAUUAGCACGUGUGGGGCUUGGUGCUGCCAUGGCUACCUCGAUAGCAUUAUUUGAGCUGGCUAAUCUUAAACUAGCAUGGGUGUGAGCUGCAAUAAAGGCAUUGUCAUGGGGAGCGUGUUCAGAAAGGUUAUUUCCAUUCAUCCACGCACGUUUGCUCCUGUUUAAUGAUCACUUUGUCUUCAAAACCAGCACAGUGUGAAUGAGCAGCCCUGGUGCAGAUAAAUAGAGGGCAGAAAGCCUGAAAACGUAAUUCUGAUGGGCUAAGUGAAAAAACUGCAGCAGGUCACUUGGUGCUUUGAAGACACUUUGGAACUUUUGAUCACUGCUUUGGGUAUUUUAUAUAACUAUUUGCCCAUGAUAUUAAUAAACAUAUUUUAAGUUAUAUUUUUAUAACUAUAAAAAUUGUGCAAAAUAUAUUGAAAUCAAUGAAAUCAAUAUUUUGUAAUCUCUUCCAGCCUAAUCUCCAGGAAAAGGGGAUGCUUUCAGGGUCCUGAAGAGAGACAGUGGAGAUGAGAUUUCUUCUGUACUGGGAGUUUCCUGCAGUUCUCUCCGCUCAGAAAUACGUGCAUCCAGCUACCCCUACUUUUGAAACUGUUCUGAGCGUAAAAUAUCCAAGUUUACAUAAUAUUUCUGCAGAGGAGACUUUAUUUUCAGUGCUGAGCAAAUCUAUGCUUUUACUGUUUUCACUCUGCUGUUUGGGCAAACGAGCCACCAGAUGCCACUGUUUCAGCUGCUGCAGCAGGGUGGCUGGACAGCCACCAACGUCAGCUGUGCCCACAAGGGCUGGGAGAUCUCUGUCUUGAUAACUUUGUCAGCUCCACCACAGCUAUGGAUUGAAGCCUGUGCUACUAAAGAUGGAUUAGAAUUUGUUAUAAAGCAUUGUCUAAAUUGAGUCAUAACACUUGGGUUACCCUAAAUGUCUCCCAGCUAGCCCUGAUCUCACAGUGCUGUUAUCUUCACAGUCUGCUUACACUAGCAAGAGGUGUAAGCUUGGUUAACUUGGGCGGUAAAGGUUUUGAAGCAGAGAGUUUCUUACAGCUCUAGAUAAUACGCCAGAACUAGUAACCUUGUAAGAGUGUUCCAGUGUCUUUGCUCUGCUCCAGGUUUUCCUCCCUUUCUGCAGGACACGGUUAUCAGAAUCUCUGUGCAGAAUAGAUGCAUGCAUCUCUGUGCAUCUAUAAAUGACCAAACUCAGAAAAUAUUGCAUACUAGACGUGUCUGGGUGCAUGAAAGUUAUAAACUAUUUGCAAAGUUUAGACUUCCAGUAAACAUAUUUGUUGAUUUGGAAACUUUAGAAAUCUGCUGCAGGGUUCUUCUUGGGAUCACCUUUAAUACGGUAUUUUUAUAGCAUGCUCUCCUUGUGAUCUUUUUGCUCAGAAAUGAAUUAUCUGAUUUAGUCCAGGUUGUCAAUCUGUGAUGCUUAUUUUUCACAGGUUUGGAUAUGAAUGAGUUCUGCACUGCAAUGAAAGAAAUUAUCUAUAAUAUGAACAAUAAAGACUUUGAUAUGUUAUGAAGACUGACAUUGAUUGUGAUGCUUCAUAGCCUGGGCACUUCUGGGGAACUGGUGCCACCAGAUAAAGUUCAUUCCUGAGCUCAAGCUUGUUGCCUCCUGCUCAGCAGCUGAUAAGAGAGACACGAUGCUUACUUGGCUUCCAUGAAAUAACACAGGCAAACUCCAGUUACGCUCUGUUCUUCUACAAAGCAAGCUCAAUAAAUGUCUGCUUGGAAACCGAGGGGCUCUGUAACCGUGGUUUUGCCUGUCCAAGCAACUCAGCAAUAACAAAAGAUGUGAAUGUUAAAUUACCACUUUCAGGGGUCUAAAAUCCCAAUUGCUGGCACCCGAACUUUUAAACUUCUCUGUUUUUUGUGCUGGUGGAUACGAUAACAUUGAGUCUUCUGUGACUGUCACGACUUAUCAAAAUGGUAAGACUGAAGAUGCUGAAGGUUUUAGGCUUUCUUCUAUGCGGUCUGCUGAUGUCACCACAAAAUUCAAAUGCAGAAAGCAAUGUCGUCUCUCAAGAAGCAUAUGAGAGGGUUGUACAUCAUGGAUCUUACAAUUCUUCCUGUAAAGUGCAUCCCUGGAGUUGGGGUCAAGGUGUUUUUCCCUGCUCUUCUCGGUAUCUUUGGUACUUAACAAUAUGAGGCCAGCAAUGGGAAGAGGAUUCCCCUUCCAUCUCUGCCAGCCAGCCCUGAGGUGAUGCCGGCAACGAAAGGCACAACCGAAACCACUGGGGAGAAAACAUUUACCAGUAUUCUCUCCUGAGUGGUCUCUGGGAGACCUGAGACCACCCCUUUCACCCACGAUACAGUACUUCUCUUUGCCCCUCAUCCUGGCUCUGGGCAAACCUCAAUGAGGAGAUCAGGCAGGCCAAGUGUGAUCUCUGUGGUGUUUUAUUCAGCGUGCCCAAAGCUGGAAAAAUCACAGUGCUGAGGAUGCCAGGGCUGGCACCCCAUACAGGUGAGCCCCCUGGGAUACAGGGCAAGUCUCCUGUCCCACUGGUGCCUUCCCUACCAGCUAUGAGUGUGCAGAGGCUUUUCUGACCACCUUGCCUUUUGGGAUACCUUUCCAGGGGAAAUUGUGCAGAGCCCAAUACCUCUGAGGAGGGUCUCCUGCCCUAAGCUGCUGCUGGCCCCCUGUGUUUGCUGCCAGCAGGAUUUGUGGGCAGGUGCUGCUGUCCUCGGACGUGUCCUGCAUGUUGCAGGCCAGGACCGUGCCUCGGGGGAGCCUCUCCUGGCUGAUUUUGCCUCUGCACAGUGCGUGUGCCCCAGCGUGAGCUCUGCCACUUGUGCGAGGACCUAGAAUUAAACAGGACCACACCCCUCCAAGGCUAGAAACAGUGUUUUGGAAAUACCCAUUUCCUGAGGGCUUUAAAUCAAAUUCUGGCUAGACAUAGCUGCUCUGAUUUAAGGCUUGCCUGGGUGUAUCAGGACAAGGUGGAUCCAUCCUGGUUGUGCUCUGACACAGCCACCUGCCCAGGCUAGACAGCACCAGCCAGACUCAGAAGUGUUUACUUGCAUUUACGUGGGCCUUGAAAGGUUUCUUAAAUUCCGUGAAGUUAAUACAAUGGAAAAUGGAUUUUUUCUGCCCACCUAAGCAAGCCUUUAGUGAUUAAUGCUGUAAAGUAAAAACAACAGCAACAAAUUCAGUUUUACAAUGUGCUGUGUAUUCCAGGUCUAUGAGGAAUGCUUGCUUUGUAAAACAAUUUUUUCCUCCUCCCAAUGCACUUUCAAAAAAUAUUUUAUUUCCAUAAAAUCCCCUUGUCUCCAUAAGCUGUGUGUUGAUACUAAUAGGAUGCAUAGCUUCAUAAUUCUUUGUCUCUUCUUGCGCUGGUAUAAGGCUAAGCCCUAUCACAGAGCAGAUAUGUUUUACUAGCAAAGACACUUAGCAGAAGAGAGGGUUCACCCUUUGUUUGCAAAAUUAGUUGAGAAUUUUUCAUCUGUUCAUCUCCUAGUCCUGCAUUGUGUGCCGUAACUACAGCACAAAAAAGAAAAUCUGCUGUACAGGAUGAGUCGCUUGCUGUCGUGUCUCUGAUGCUGAACAGAAGAGAGGCCGUCAUGAAUAUAUUUUAAUUAAUGUGAUUAUUUAUUCUAAAUCUUUGAUUAUUUUAAUUGGGGGAGUGGAGGGGGGGGAGAUCCUGCAUCUGCAUAUGAGUUACAGAUAUAGAAAUAAGGAGAUACAGAUAAGAAAUACGGAGGAUCUAAACAGUCUCUGUGUUAAAAGAAUGCAUUCUACUUAGUGCUGCUUUUCCAAAUCAGUGUCAUCUUUGGUGAUGUGCUUUGGGAAAGUCUGGAACAUUAAUUAUUGCUCUUGCUUUCUGUUAGUUGCUGGGAAUAGAUGCCUACACUUUACCAGCACUUUCCUUGUGGUCUUUUCUUCCCAGCAGCAGGUUCAUAGCUGCAACACCUCCCCGUCCAUCUUGCUGGGUGGGAAGGAAGAAUCCCAGCUUGGCCCACCCUGUGCUGACCCCGUGGCUCUCUGGCUCGUGGUCUGUGCUCGGCGUGGAUCCUGGCUGGCACACUUGACUCAGUGCAAUGUGAGUCAGCUUUCGGGAUCUCAUCCCUUGUUGCCGGGGCUAAAUGCACGACUAAAGGUUUUAUUUGAAUGAGAAAUUUCAGAGGGCCUGCUCCCAGCCACAGCAAAGCACGCCGCUACUUGGAAAUAAAGGUACUGCUGUGAGUCAGGAUAUCCUUCCUGCUCGUGAAGCUAUCCAGAAACCGCAGAUACGGAUUAUAUGACUUGAAUGCUAUGCUAUUUAUGAUGUGUGUUCAGUCACCUAAAUCACAUUGGCACUGUUUGAGCUUUGCCUGGAUAAUUGAUUCAAAUGUAAAUUGAAUGAAUAAAUCCUUUACAGCUAAAAUAUGCUCCCUUUUUAUCUUGAUUCUUUUUCUUCUUUCUGUUGAAUGGCAUAGAAAAUAGGUAGUUAUAAUCUCAUAAAUAGAUUUUUGACUACUUUUCUAGGAGGGCAGGUAAAAUGAGGUCUGUAUGAUCUAUUUUGAAAUGCUUUACUCUUUUGUUUAUCGAAUUGCUAACUUGCUUAUAACUUGGCGUCUGUACUUCUGGUCAAUAAUCUGCUUGUGCAAUGUUUGCGCUGCUCUUCAAUGGCAAGGCCAGGUGGUUAUUUAUUUCUCUAAGUGCAUAUUAGUCAAGGGCAAAGUAUCGGAGAAAUCUCUUUAUUUUUGCCAUGGAGUGGAAUAUUGUUGUGAAAUGCGUGCCCUGCUGGCAUCAAAGGUUUAUUUGGCUUGGGAAUCUACACAGAGGGACUUGAACUGGCAUCAGCACAAGCCUUUGUGAGUGUUUUGUGAAAGUUUUAAGCUAUUUUUUUUUCUGUAAGGCUUCACUGAUGUUGCGUUAGAGACAGGGCUAACGUUAACUACAAGCCAACAAAAGAAUGUCGUUUAAGCUUCUCUCCCAGCCUGGUUAUAUUUAAUCAGCAAUUCCACAGAUGGUAAUUCUUGGAGCCAGUGUCUUUUCAAUGAAGUCCAGUGGGCCCCUCACUCUCUUAUCCCCAGCAUUUCAAUGAUGGCAUUUCUACUCCCAGAUCAAGCAUUUAGCUAGAGAGCAGAACCAGGCGCUUGGCAUUCCUUGGGCUAUAAAUAUUUGGGCAUUUUUUUCAUGUCUCGGGGCAGGAAUCCCAGUGCUGUGUAGCAUCCCUGUGCCCAGCUGGGCACUCGCUGCCUUGCCGGGGUUUCACUCUGCACUUGUCAGCUCUUCCUUUUGCUCUGGUCCCCACGUCAGGUAUUAAAAGGAUUAAAAUGCCUAGGAUGGAUCAUCUCUGCCUGUACAAGACUCGAUUCCUGCUGACAGCUAUCACUCACAGGCCCUUCAGAGGAAGGUACCAGCACUCUGCAGCUCAGGUGGAUAAGCCACUGCCUGCCCUCGCCUUUCUGGGCUCGGGAAGCCUCUGGGAGCAGGAGGCUGGUGUGGAGGUGGAGCCCAUCGCACUACCCUUGAAACGUGCUGCCGGUCACUGUGUGCUUCUGUCCUCUGUGUCUGUGUAAAUGUCCAGGCUGCUUUUGAAUCUAAUUAGCUUCUUGGCUUCGGAGAUGUCCUUUGGCAGAGUAUCCCGUAUUUGAAUCACCCAUGUGGAAACGCAUUUCCUCCUGCCAAUUCUCUAAAAGCCCCAAAUCCCUGCUUUAGCUGUUUGUGCCGCAAUCCUGUUUGCUGGAGGUGUUUUUUGUGUGUGAUUUCUUUUUCUGAAUUUUACUUCCGUCUCUUCUUCCCUCUCUCCUUUGGUGCCAGGCACUGUUUGCUCUGGGGGAACUGGUGCAGCAGCCCAGUGUACUGGGGGUGAGAGUGCCCUGUCCCCCGUGUGACCGUGCUGCUGGGAGAGCUGCUGCUACCGCUUCCUAAAGCAGAGCAAGGUUCAUUGGUGCCCUCCACCCUGUCCUUGCCUUCCAUCCACCGGUGUACCGGAGGCCUUCAAACCCCCUGGCUUCUUCUUGCUGGACUGAAAGGGACUGAUUUGCUUCUGUGUUUGUAUAACAGAGGCUUGUUUGUGCCUUGUAUCAUCACAGCCAGAUGUUGAGUAUCAAUAUUUAUAGGCUUUGCUAUACAGCUUCUUGUGUGUAUGUUUAUGGGGGAAAAAUUGCAGAUAAAAUGGUUCAUGCCCAAACUUGCUACUGUCCAGAAACUGAAUUUCUCUCUUCCUAUCUCUGCACUGAGCCAGUUAUGAAUAGGAGAUUUUGUGACUGGCUUCAGAGCCUGGCUCUGGCUAUUUAGAAAACAUCCAUUCAAUAAAUCAUAUGGGGAGCAGCUGCCGCUCUCUGCUGAGCCAAGACACAUCAGAUAAAAUAUUGCUCAUUUAUUUGGUUUGGUAGAAAUAAAGUUGCUGUAGUGGAACAUCAUUACAGGCUGUUCUUAAUUCACCUCAGGGCUAUUUCUAAUAGCAGCACACAAUUCUCCUGUGAUAGUGUGAGUGAAUGAGAUGGGUGUUUUGAUGUCAAGCUGAAUGUAAGAAAGGUUUUAGGAAUCAAAGCUCUGAAAAAGAAAUAACUACUGUUUGUGCUCUGAUACUGGAAGAGGUCCCUGUUUUAUUAUUAACACUAUAGCUAUUGAAAGUCCUGACACUUGCUCCUUGGAGAUUUGAAGCAAUUCAAUACAUGAAAUACCGUUUCAGCUCAGCCUUUUACAAGUCACUGUGUUUUGGUAAAGCCGAAGGUGGCCUUGAUAGCUAAUGGAGACACCCAGGGCUGGCAUUAAGUUAAUAACGCCUGAUUUUCAGCUGUGUGGCAACCAGAAAGUCUGCUUCUGCCCAGCUCUUGGGUUACAGCUGCCAGCUGCUUUCAUCCAAGGAAAAUGGUUUAUGAAAGGCUGUCCAAAGCAUUUGAAUGUAGGCUCACUGCUUUGCAUAAAUGUCAUCAGCAUAAUAUCCAGCAACGGGGCCAUGGUGUCUGCAGACGUGUUGCCCACUGAUCUGACAAGAUGCUAGAGGCUGUUACUUAAAAAAACUAAAAGUGAAGGGGUAGGAAGACAACGGAGAGUGUUGCAAUGUAGGGUUGGGUGCACAUUUUCUUUGACAAGGAACAGGCAUCUAAUCAGGAUCCUGCUUUUCUCCUUGGAAAAUUGGUCUUCAAAAUGUCUUGUCUUGUCUCCCCUUUGCGUCAUUGCUUGGCUAAAACAAGUGAGAAUUGUGUGGAUCUGAAGACAUUACCAUAUCGCAGGCAAGACAGACAACUGCUGUGAUUUUGUUUGUGUUAGAUCUUUAAAUGUCCAAUCACCUGUGUGAGACACUGGCAUUUUAUGCUCAUUUUGGGUGUGCUGUGCUGCGGCAGAGAGCCAUGUAUUCUGCUUUUCCACAGAGGCGUUUCUUUGCCCUUGCUUGUCUUAAUUAUUCUCUAUAAAAUCGAGGUAACUGGCGGAAAACGUAUGGUUGCUCCAGCUUACGGAAAAGCAGCUCGUGUUGCUGAGAGCGAUAAAGCUCACAAUGCAACAGAAGCGCCUGGAUUCCUCACUGCUGAAUUGCAUUUUCGUUGACAAAACAGAUGCUCUUUGUUGGAGCUGAGGUACAGGCACUGCCCUCGCUGCCGGCGUGAUUUAGUGGAGGCAGUGCUGUGACCCUGAAGCCCUGCGUAUUUAAUCACGAGCCUCUUAAGCGUUGGCUCUGAAGGGUGCAGUGGCGCAGGCACGCAGAGAACUCGGGGCGAGUGACAAGAUGCUUGUGGUUCCUGGGCAGAAAUGAGCAGCAGGCGAAAAUGAUUUAUAAUUUGCUGGUCUUAUCGGAGUCCGAGCAUGAACAGCAUUGCUAUGUUUUCCAUGCAGCAAUACUGCUGAUGGCUGUGGUCAUAUUAAACAUGCUCCCUCUCCUGACAGCCCAGAUAGCCUCUACUUAACAAUAACUUCUGCUGCAAAAGGAAAAAGUGUAUGCUGAAAUAGCAAAGAUCGGGGAGCAGAGCUCUCUUGCUAACUGCUAGAGAUGACCUUGAUUCUGUGUGUGAGGGCUGCGAAGUAUCAUAAUUCAAUGAGAGUAUUUAUUCUGAGCUAUGCUGCACAAGCUGAAAGAAUCUCAGGACCUCAUUUUUGUUUGAAUAAUUUUAUAUGGCAAAUAGGGGAGUCAGAUUUUUUUUUUUUCAUUCAGGCACUCUGCUCCAAGUGAACCUCCAGAGUGCUCAUCUCCUGUACAUAAAAGUUUCCCAAAAUACUGGUGAUGAAGCUGUUUAGUUCAGCUCUAUUUCCACGGUAUCGGUGACUUUGUUAAACAGAAGUUCCCUGCAGACGGCUGUUGCUUUGAUGCUAGUUGGUGUACGGCACAUUAAAAAAUCCUUAACUUGGUUUCUAAAGUCUCACUAAAAACCCUACUGGGACUUUGAUGUUGAGAAGAUUCCACUCAAAGUACCCAAACUCUCUGAAGCUCACCCGGCCUUAUCUCGGAGGCAGACCAGCAAGUGGUUGCCUCAGGCAAUAAAACACCAGUGGCAGCAAAAACCUAUAGUGAUUAUUUAUGGUCUGAGCAUCUGCAGUCAGGAGAGGCUGCUGGAAAUUACCAGAGCCUGGCGAUGCCUUGAAGAAUCCAGUUCUUUGUUUUGGAGACAAUAUUAACUGCUGCAUGUUGUGGUUCAGCCAUUUCAUUCUCUAGUCCAGCUGAAAUGUCUCAGCAGAGCACUGCGCAAUUUCACUCACAAAUUCCAGUCGGAAGCUUUGGUGCCCCCAAAGUUUAAAAAGGGUCUCUUUUGCUAAACGAUGGCGUGCUAAAAGCAACCGUGGAACCCUAUUAAGGUUUUAAUUAGACAGCGGCACGCUUUUAACCACAGCACCUUUCUCACUGCCGUGCAGCUGAGCAGCACGGAGCUGCCACUCGGUGCCGUGGGGCUGCUCAUGUGCAGCUGGCAGGAUGCGGCCGCGCGUCCCUGCAGGUAGGAGCACGGUGCCCCGGCUGCGGGGCUCGUUAGUGGCUGGUGUUAUUGCAGCAGUCUGUGCUGCUCCAGCACUACCCAAGUCUUGCUGUUACUAUGAGAGUGAGUGAAAUUGGCCUGGAACCAAAUUUAUUUUUUUUUAACUUCACUCAACAGUGUGAAAUAAGAAGGCCUGGUGUGUGCCUCGCUCCCAUGUGCUGUAUUUAUUUUCUAGGGCGAUACUCAGUUCUUUGCAAUGUCAGAUACUGCAUCAAAUUAUUUUUCGGAGUUAAGGGGGAAUUAAAUGUUCUCCUUUUUUUUUUGCCUAUAUUGCGUUUUUGUGCACAGGAAUCAAUUUGACCCUACUGUGAGUUGUUUUAAGAGCACUAUCUUGUGCGUGCCUUUGAAAUAAUUUUCUGCAUACCACUGCCAACCACCUCCCGUCCAGUUCCAGCUCUCACAGGGUGGACAUCAGGGCCUUGGGCUCCCCGCCGUGGCUCCACACUGAGCCCUUGUACUCGUGGUUUGGGUUGGAAGGGACCUUAAAGACCAUCUAAUUCCAACCCCCUGCCAUGGGCAGGGACCCCUCCCACCAGACCAGGUUGCUCAAAGCCCCAUCCAGCCUGGCCUUGGAGACUGCCAGGGAUGGGGCACCCACAGAUCCUCUGGGCAGCUUCCACCAGGGCCUCAGCACCCCCUGAGGGAAGACUUCCCUCCUCUGCGCCUCCUUGUUGCCUCCUUUCAGUCCUGAGCAGGUGUUGUGAGGCUUCUGCCCUGUGAAGGACCCAUGAACCAAGUGACACUGGCCUGACUAUGCAAGGAAAUAUCAUGCAAAUUCAACCUCAGCCUUACUCAGGUAAUUAACUCAUCAGCAAGGCUCAGCACCAGGUUUGUUUAACAUAAACUGGCUUUCCUGUCUCAGCAGCUUCUUUACAGCACUUGCUGUCUCCCUAGAAAUAGGCAUUUAUUUACAUACCACUGACUCCAAGCACUUGAUUAGUGGUAGGGGCUGUAAUUUAUCCCCAGAGGAAUGUCUGGACAAAGUGUGGUGCUAAUUCUGCCAACUGUGCCGAAGAUGUGUCCAAACCCACCAUGUCAAGUCUCUGUUAAAGCUGAGAAUAAGACAGAAAGCCUGAAGUCCUUACUUACAGAAGAUAAGUGAGUGUAAUAUAAGGCUGCUGCUAAUUCUUCCCCAGGAUUAAUAGGGACCAUCAAGGACAAAUUCUCUCAAUAUUGCUUUUCUUUUUGUAAACUGAAGCUUCCCCAAACCUGAGGCGAGAUAGAAACAUGACUUUGUGUCUGUGGUGCUCUCUUUCAGUCAAAUGGAAAUAGCUGUCUUUAUUUAAAAACUCUCUUGGCACCACAGCGCUGACACUUUCUGAGAGAAUGGAACGGACAGAAAUCCAUUUUCCAGGCUGGAAGGAAAGCAAAAAAAUAAAUUGGAAGAAUGAAGAGUGAGGAGGAAUUGAGGUGUCCUCAAUGCUCGCAGCGUGAGUGAUUGGAAGUGAUGGUGGGAAGGCAGGAGACUCUCCGGAGAUGAAGUUGUUGAAGCUUUUUGGAAUUGUCUUUUUCUGUGGCCUGCUCUCGCCGUCCCGGGGAGUCUUGUCCGGUUUGUCCUGCGCCGUCAGCCCAGGGGCAAUGCAGAAAGUGCUCUCGGAUGCCGUAAUUCAGAACGGGCUUCUCCAGAAGCACCUGCAGGGCCUUGUGCUCCCAAACAUCAUGGGUGAUGGGGGUCUGCUGAACUCUCCCACCAGCAUCACGGGACUGCACCUGGUCCGGGUUCGGCUCCCCAAGCUGUCAGUGGCGCUGCUGCCUGGGAUCGGGGUCCAGCUGGCCAUCGCUGCAAGGCUUGAUCUCAGCGGCAACUGCUUGGUUGGCCUUCUCUCAGAACUAAUUGAUAUCUCAGUGGAUGUGACCAUUACUGCAAACAUUAAAUGCACAAAUUUCGAAUUGGGCGCAGUCCAGGUCGUCAUUGAUGACUGCUUCUGCAUUCUUGGUGCUGUAAAGAUCAAGCUCCUUUCUGGAUUACUGUCCCUAUCAGUAAACGACUUAGUGCUGAACCAGCUGACAGCAACCCUGCCCGGUUUGCUGUGUCCGGUAAUCGAUAUUAUCGUCAACCUGGUGAACAUCCAGUUCUUGGGCACGCUCAAUGCGGUGAUCCCGGUCGGCACGGUGGGAACGAUUCACUACCAGUUGGCCAGCCUCCCAUUUACAUCUGGCUUGUACCUCGGGAUGGAUUUAGAUGGUGCAGUGCAGCAGGUGGGAGGCAGCAUCAUCCCCCACGACUCGUCCGCCUCCGCCUUGCCCCCGCUGCUGGACAGGCUGCUGGUCCUGGGGCUGCGCCAGAGCUUUCUCAACGCCAUCCUGUCCCUCCUGAUCCAGGUCCAGCCGCAGACAUUCACCUGCACGCCAGAAGCCUUCUCAGGUGCCAAGCAGCUGCAAGAUGCCGUCCUGACCCUCUUUCCCUCUGGGUGCUCCAGCUGCUCCAUGAACUCUCCUCUGAGCAUCAGGAUAGAGUUGUUCGGGAAGCCACUCAUCCUCUUGGAGAACAACAAAGCCACCGUCGAGCUCUCGGUGAUGAUCCAGGUGUUCAUUAAGCGCCUGGACGGAUCCAUCCUCAACCUGCUGCUCCUGAAGGCCGACCUCGGCCUGAACGUCCACGUGUCGAUCUCUGGGAGCAGCCUGGUGCUGGCCUUGUCCCUGGGCAGCACUUCCCUCUCCUUGGAGUCCUCUGACGUUGGCAUCAGUGACAUCUCGAGCCUGAAGCCCCACUGCAGUCAGCUGCUGGCGGAAACGUUGCUGCCUCUCAUCAAUGGCUGUCUGGGCGUCGGGAUCCCUCUGCCGAAUGUGCUGGGCAUUCCGCUGGUGAAAGUGGAUAUUCAGAUACUGGUGGGCCUGCUGGUGAUCCUUGUGUGAGCUGGGGAGGAGAGGGCGUGGAGAGCUCUUUCUGAUUGUAGCCUUGGGCAGAAAGAGGGAGAAGGACCAGCGAGGAUGAAGCUUCGAGACUGGCAUUAUCUUCUUUCCUUUUCUAAACGUGCUUCGAGAUUCUUGGUAACAUUUAAGGCACUUUACGUUAACUGGCUCGUGUGAGUAUUAAGAUACUUGCAUAAGCCAAAACCAGAUAGGCAGCUCUGUGUAAAAAUAUUUAUUUAGAGAAAUUAACGUGACUUAGAGGUCGCAGUUAUACCAAUUGCAUGUGAAGCUGCAGUUGAAUUGUUAAAUUCCUUGAAAAUUUGUUCUGUGGGAAAGUUGUUCUCAGUGUAAUGGAAAAGGGAACUUGUUGCAUGUGGCUCUCUACUUAAAAGUCACCAGCCAUGUGCAGAAGCGGAUGAAGUGCUGAGCAGGAGCUCAGGAUACAUUUGUCACUGAUUCUUCUAGUAAUAAACAUUCUGACUUCUA